CGCCCGAGGCCCGCGCCUGGAGCAGGCAGAGGAGAGGGGACGAGGGCGGCGAGCAGGAGGGCGGAGCGCAGCUCGGCGCGGGCAUGGAUGCGGAGUACCCUGCCUUCGAGCCGCCGCUCUGCAACGGCCUCAAGCAGCUCUGCCAGCGGCUGCAGGACGCGUACCGCGAGCUCAAGGAGGAUCUCGCGCCGUUCAAGGAUGACCGCUACUACAGGCUGGCGCCCAUGCGGCUCUACACCCUCUCCAAGCGCCACUUUGUCCUCGUGUUUGUCGUUUUCUUCCUCUGUUUUGGGCUGACCGUCUUCAUUGGGAUCAAGGGACCCAGAGUGAUCCAGCAGUCUGCUGCUAAUUUCUCACUAAAUAAUAGCAAAAAGCUAAGGCAAAUUCAAAUACAUUCAAACCCACUGUCUACGUAUAACCAGCAACUAUGGCUGACAUGUGUGGUCGAGCUGGAGCCCUCAGAAGAAACGUCUAUUCAAACCAGCUUUUCCAUGACUGUGCAAGUCAAUGGUGUGGCUCAAGACGGAACCACGAUCUACAUUCAUAACAAGGUUCACAAUCGAACGAGAACCCUCACAUGCGCAGGGAAAUGUGCGGAAAUCAUUGUGGCCCACCUUGGCUACCUGAAUUACACGCAGUACACAGUGACCGUGGGAUUUGAGCACCUGAACCAGCCCAUCAGGGAGAUGAACUUCACAUGGAAGACGUACAACCCUGCGUUUUCCCAGCUGGAGAUUUGGUUCCGCUUCGUGUUUGUGGUGCUCACCUUCAUCGUCACUUGCCUGUUUGCGCAUUCCCUGCGCAAGUUCUCCAUGAGAGACUGGGGCAUCGAGCAGAAGUGGAUGUCGGUCCUCCUGCCGCUGCUGCUCCUCUACAACGACCCGUUCUUCCCGCUCUCCUUCCUGGUGAACAGCUGGUUCCCGGGGAUGCUGGAUGACUUCUUCCAGUCUCUGUUCCUGUGUGCUCUGCUGCUCUUCUGGCUGUGUGUGUACCAUGGGAUACGGGUCCAGGGAGAAAGAAAAUGCUUAACUUUCUAUUUGCCUAAAUUCUUCAUCGUUGGACUGCUGUGGCUGGCUUCCGUUACGCUGGGAAUAUGGCAGACAUUCAAUGAAUUACAUGAUCCCAUGUACCAGUAUCGUGUUGACACAGGAAACUUUCAGGGCAUGAAGGUUUUCUUCAUGGUGGUAGCCGCCCUGUACAUUUUGUACCUCCUGUUCUUGGUAGUGCGGGCAUGCUCUGAGCUUCGUCACAUGCCUUACGUGGACCUCAGGUUAAAGUUCUUGACCGCAUUGACCUUUGUAGUGCUUGUUAUUAGUAUCGUCAUCCUCUACCUAAGGUUUGGAGCACAAGUGUUGCAAGACAACUUUGUAGCAGAACUGUCGGCUCACUACCAGAACUCAGCGGAAUUCCUGUCUUUCUACGGCCUGCUGAACUUUUACCUGUACACGCUGGCCUUUGUUUACUCUCCAUCCAAGAAUGCGCUGUACGAGUCGCAGCUAAAAGACAACCCUGCCUUUUCCGUGCUGAACGACUCUGAUGAUGAUGUGAUUUACGGGAGCGACUAUGAAGAAAUGCCUCUCCAGAACGGCCAGGCCAUCCGGGCCAAGUACAAGGAGGAUUCGGACAGUGACUGAGCCCUGGCAGCAGGCGGGACAGCACGGGGACCAGAGGUUUCCCUAGUGACGUGUCCUGGUCCUUCUGCCUGUGUGUGUCUGGACUCUUCCUGGAAGCAAAGGUUUCCUGUUCCUUAUUUGUUUACAUAUUUUUAAAAAGAAAAACCAAAAGGAUUGAGAUGUUUGGUUGGAAUCUGCUGUCGGGUAGCUCCACUAUUCCCGAAGAGGCUUGCUGGUAGCGAGCCCAAAGGCAGAUCCUUUCACAGAGAUACUGGACGAGAUGAAGCCUGUGUGCGAUCAUGAGGAGAAAUUACCCAUUUUAAUAAAAAGAAUUAUGUACUGUUUGCUCUUAAAAAGCAAUUUGCUAACUCUGAGUUGGUGGGAGGCCUGAUGACCGAGGUCCCAGCAUGGCAGUCUCUUCUCCAGGGCUCCUUUCUGUAGCACUCUACCCUCAGUGGGGAGCUGGGCCUGCACCUGCCUCAGGUGGGCAGACUGCCUCCAUCUCCACAGACACGAGUGGUCAGAGCGCUGACUCCCGAGCAUCUGGAAUGAUGGCCUUGAUGGCAUCUGGUGAGCCACGCACGAUGUAGCUGUCAAGAAUGGUGGGUAGCUAGGUGGCAGUCCACCACUGCCACUGCCACAGAGCAGUUGAGUAGGGGUGUGUGUGUGUGAGUAGAAGUGAUAACACAGUUGAGUUGGGCUGUGUGUGUGUGCACGUGUGUAUGCCAGACUGGAGGAAGCCAAGGUGUCUACAAGUCGGUAGUCCUGUAAGCAAGGUGUCGUGCCACGGUGCUUCUGAAGGGUCCGAGUGUCGGCGUACACGACGGGAUUGGGUCUUCUCUUCCUGUGGUAAGGAUGGAAAACGGUGCCCUUCCCAGCCCAAGAGUUUCUGCAACUCCGCUGAAUGUGAAACCCCAAAGAGUUCUGGUUUGGUUUUUUGUUUUUAAUGAAAGCUAUGUAAAAUACUACUGUAUCAGAAACUCUUUAUUACCAAAAGUUUUCAGUUUAACAUUUGGAACUAAAAUGAAGACAAAGUUAAACAUUCUGAAUGGCUAUGGAGACACCUUCAGAUGAAGGAACUUACUUGGCGGUCGUCCUGUCCUUGGAGUGUUGCUGUAGAAAAGGGGUGUCACCCGCACUAGUGAAAUUCAACACUGGAAGUCUCGUGUGUGUCGCUGUUCUCCAUCACACUCCAUGGAGCCUCCCACCAACACCUUGAUGAAUGCCUGCAAACCCAGAGGCCCAGGAACAGCUGCCCGUGUUCCCUUCAUCUAUGCACCAACUCAGAUUUCUGCUCUGAGCUGCAGGUUACUGCCUAGGGAUGCCUGGAGACUUCACUCUGCCUACCCGUCUUCUUAAACGUCAGUGUACUUUAGUAUGGAUUCCAUGUGCAUUGUUUAAAAAGAACCUUACAAAUAGGAACAUUUGAAUGAAAAUUCAAGCUGCAAGGUGACAAGUUUACAUGAUUCUGACACUUGCAGCGCUGUGAUCCCCGAGUCGGUGUUCUCAGAGACCUUGGAAGGUUCUUACCAACACCAGCUCCUAACAGACCACUGCAGCUGCUGUCUUCUAGACACUGACUUGUGCUGAUUUCAGGAUGUUCCAAUAUGUGAUAGUUUACAUGCUUUGAUCAUUAUAAAAAAUUCUCCAUGAUUUAGGAUGCUGUUUAUCAGUCAGUGUAAGGUAUUUUAAGCAUUUAUGUAGACUUGCGGACUUUUCUGUCCUGCAGUAUAAUUAUAGACUGAUCCUCGUGUCUGUGAAACUAAAAUAAGGGAAUGAUUUUUGUUGUUGUUGUUGGAAAUAGGAAUUACAAAGAAGCACCUAAGGGGAAGUGGUCAUGAAACUGUCUUCACACUUUCCCCCCUUGCGUCAUGCACAAUCAUGGAUUAUAAGCUGUGUAGACUCUGCCUACAGAUCUAGAGACUUGGGUGGGCAGACUGAAGCUGUAGGUCUUAGGGUCAAACACUAACCAGAAACUUUUGAUAGUAAUGAGAAGAUUGUUUUGCUCUAAGGGAAUUAAAGUUUUAUAAAUUUAAGUUA